CAGGAAGCCAGGCUUUGGGGAGAUCAGGUUAGAACAGGUCUGUUUCCUGAAAAUGCCAAGUCUGGGGCCAGUGAGACUGACAUAUAAAUCCCCACCCUGAGUGCCUGGCCACUUUGUUCCUUUCCUGGGUCUCUCUGCCACCUGAUCUGGUCCAAGAUGUCCAGUCCCCUGGAGCAGGCUCUGGAGGUGAUGAUCGAUACCUUCCACAAGUACUCUGGCCAAGAGGGCGACAAGUUCAAGCUGAGUAAAGGGGAGAUGAAGGAACUUCUGCAUAAGGAGCUGCCCAGCUUUGUAGGGGAGAAGGUGGACGAGGAGGGGCUGAAGAAGCUGAUGGGCAACCUUGAUGAGAACAGCGACCAGCAGGUGGACUUCCAGGAGUAUGCUGUUUUUCUGGCCCUUAUCGCUAUCAUGUGCAAUGACUUCUUCCAGGGCUACCCAGACCGACCCUGAGGCAGAACUCUUGACUUCUGACCAUGAAUCUCCUGGGCCCAGGAGGACUCUCCAUCCCUUUUAAGUUUUUGUUUGCUGAUAAUACUGUAACUGCUCGGUGAUGCCUGGUAGCCCGGCUGGUUCAGUUGCAGUGCUGGGAACUGAGGGCCUGGAUUCCACCUGCUUCUCCACCUUGAUUGUCUAGGUCAGAGCUGUGCCUUGGCCCUAGUUUUGGGAUUUCAGAAACUAAUAAAAAUCUGGAAAUCGA